AUUAAGAAGUUUCUAUUUUUUAUUGAUGCAGUUGCUCCGACCCAAACCUUAUUCCGACAAAAGAAUCGGACUGUAAAUUCUUUUUGUGAACAAAUAAACAUCUCAUAUACCAAACUGUAAGAUGAAGAUGCGAUUUUUCAAAAUCAAUUUGAGUUUAUCUUUUUUACGCUACUGGUGGAUUGUUACUGUGUUCCUCGGUUGCUGUUCCUUUAUUGGAAGGUUUCUACCGCUCACCCGCACUGCAGUUUCAAUUGGGGAUGCAACUCAUUCCGCUAGUCCACCAAUCCAGCAUCGAAUUCUCUGCUGGAUUCCCAUAUCUGCUAAGAGUAAGUUUCGAGCCCAGCUGAUUCAGAAGACUUGGGGCAAACAAUGCGACAUGUUGCUCUUUCUAAGUUCACAAGCAGAUGCUUCAAUUCCAGCGAUUGGUCUGCCAGUCGAAGAUUCCUACAGCACUUUGUGGGGAAAGACAUCCGAAGGGUUGAAAUAUAUUUACGAGAACCACUUAAACGAAGCCGAUUGGUUUAUUAAAGCUGACGAUGACACGUAUGUUGUCGUGGAUAAUUUGAGGCAGUUUCUUAUGUCUCAUGACAUUUCCUUGCCGCAUUUUCUCGGCUCGCGAUUCGCCCACAAUCGACUCCUCAAAGGAUAUUUUGGAGGUGGAGCCGGUUACGUAAUGACUAGAGAGACCAUACGGAUAUUCGUCGAACACGUUUACAAUAACGAGUUCAAUAUGUGCAUCAACGGCCACAACGGAGAAGAAGAUUCUUAUCUCGCUAUGUGUCUCGAGGUAUUCGACGUCAUUUUUGGUGACACCCGAGAUUGCCACGGCGCCGAAAGAUUUCUUCAGUUGAGUCUUCACAACCUCUACCGCCCUUUUGAUUAUCAGUCAACCCUUCGCGCCUUCUUCCCAUCGAAAUUGGGAAUCGAUUGUUGCUCGAAUCAAACAAUUUCCUUCCAUCCAGUUAAGGACGAGCAACUUUUAGAAUAUGAUUACCUCGUCAGGUAUAAUCAACUCAUCAAUUGAAUUCGACGUUCAAAAUAAUCUUGAUUUAUUUCCGUUGAAUUUAUUGCGCUUAUUCUAAUACAUUGAUUUUAAAAUGCUA